AUGGCCGAAGGAGGUGACUUACCAUCGUUAACAAACGGUUCUGAUGUGGACAUCGAGUUCCUUUGUACACCUUGCAGUGAAGACAAUAUCAGAGAAGAAGCUGUCAAAUAUUGCUCUGAAUGUCAAGAAUAUCUAUGUACGACGUGCUCUAGGCAUCAUGGUCGACAAAAGGCUACAAGGACACAUAAGCUUUUUGAUACGGAUGCUGCAAAACAGAGUCGUUUGGUCGCUAAGUUGAAAUGCCAUUACCAUCCGGACCGUGACAUAGAAAUGUAUUGUGUAACACACGAUAUGGUUUACUGUGUCAUGUGCAUAGCCGCAGGACAUAGAUCAUGUCGCGGAGUAAACAGAAUAGAAGACGAACCAAAAUCUUAUGUUAAUCAAACAGAAAUUAAUCAGAUGUUAGAUGAAACCAGAAAUGCAACAAAACGCAUUAAGGCUCUGGUCAUUAAACAACAGGAGAAAAAGACAUAUCUUGAAGAUAAAAGAAACCACACUGAAGAGAAGCUUGAUAAAGAUGAAAUACGAUUGAUAGAACAUAUCAGAAAACUAAAAAGAGAGACAUUUGAAUCUGUAGACAAAGUUUUUGCCGAUAUGGAUGGAGAACUUGAUUCUGCAAUCAGCGCAUCUACCAACUCGCUGCAAAACUUGGAGAAGACGUCAGAGCAACUGCAGUCUGUUGCCGGUAUGGACGCAGUUCAACAGUUCGUUCAGAUGAAACUGAUGAAGAAGACUGUAACUGAAGCCAACAAGUUACAUGCUGAUGUUGAGUCAAAUGGUACAAAGUCAGUCUGUUUCACGGAAAACACGGAUUUGAUAACCUCCGUGAUGGGCGCAGUUGCUUUAGGAAAAGUGCGUACAAAGGCUGAAGACAAGAAAUCAUCCAAACUAACACGUCAAAAAAUGAAAUCGAAGAAAGAGAUCACUGUGAAAAUGGACCAAUCAACGUCUGCAAUAGCUGAUACAAAUUUGCAAGCCUCCAGAUGGUAUGAUCUUAACUGACCAGGGUGAAAACAAAAUUACUCUAUACCGUUACGAAACGUACGGGUGAGCAAAAUAACUGAAACUUAAUAUUUAUUUGCUAAUAUGAUAUUGUAAGGAAACAUAAGAUAAGUUAUUCAUUUAUGUCAAUAGGCAGAUACAUUGCUUUGUAUAGCACCAAGACUCUAGACUCAAAACUGCCGCACUAACCUUACUGAAACGAAAUGUAAGGUAAUAAUGAUCUCAUAAAAUUAGACUUGUAUAUAUAAGAUAAAGCAGCCGUGUAGGACCAAUUUCAAAAAUUAAAGUAUGAAGGACUAUUGCGACCUGGAUGUUAUUCUUGUGUUGAUGUGUCGAUAAGAAUGAAGUAGCUGUGAGAAUGAACAAAGAAAAAAAAAUCAGUUUUUCUGUUGACUCGACCUUGUCCAAAACGAGAUGUAUAACAAUACAAUGUUGAAAUGAUUAUGGAAUGGCCUUUUAUGCUGGAGAGUUAUGGAUAUC